AUCCCCCUUUUUUCUAGUUCUUCUAGGUUUCCCAGCUUCUCCAUUUUUGCUCCGUCUCUCACACCUGGGUCGGUGUCACGGCCUCCCUUCGACGUCUCUCUCAGGUGAAAUCUUUGAAUUUUAAUGUUAAUAUAUCAAACCAAUCACUUACUUGGAAAGUAAAAGCAAGUGUGCGUGGUUGGUCUCAUCCCCUUUAACCUUUUUCCUCCCAGUUAGGGAUCAACCGCUUUAACAAUGGGAACACCAGAGACCUCUCGUGAACCUUGCCCUGACCGUAUACUUGAUGAUGUUGGCGGAGCAUUUGGUAUGGGUGCUGUUGGAGGUGCGGCCUUCCACUUCAUAAAAGGCACAUACAACUCACCAAAAGGUGAGCGCUUGGUUGGUGGUACACAGGCAGUGCGCAUGAAUGCACCUCGUAUUGGUGGUAGUUUUGCUGUGUGGGGUGGACUGUUCUCCACGUUUGAUUGUACAAUGGUUUAUCUCCGUCAGAAAGAAGAUCCGUGGAACUCAAUCAUUGCUGGUGCAGCAACUGGUGGCUUUCUCCAGAUGCGGCAGGGAUUAGGUGCUGCUUCUAGAUCAGCAAUGUUUGGUGGAGUUUUACUUGCGUUGAUAGAGGGAGCUGGAAUUAUGUUGAAUAAAGUCAUGAGUGCUCCCCAGAAUUUCCCGCCCAUGGAUGAGCCACUACCAAAUGCCCCUGGUGUGCCUGGGUAUCCAACCGGGCAGCUGCCUGGUCAACAAAUGGGGCAGCUUCCUGGUCAAGCUCCAGUAAGUAUUGAUGGCAUGAUGGCUGAAUCUUCAGCACCGUCCUCUUCUUCCUCAAGUUCCUGGUUUGGAGGGCUUUUUGGCGGUGGAAAAAAAGAGGAGACAGCGACAAACAGUGGUAGCAAGACACAGGUUUUAGAGAGCUUUGAUGCUCCUAGCCCACCUACUUUUGAAUAUAAAUGAGUUUAAGAGCUGAAAUUCUUUGCAGGUUGAUUACUGUUAUUUUCUUUAUUAUUUGGAUUCCUUAUGUAGUGUGAACCAGUAUAUUAAUUUAUCAGUGUAGCCAAGGUUUUGUGAUGUUUCAUGUAAAGUAUAGAUUUCUGAAUAAAUGUCUUCCUUCAAAAGACAUUAUGUGCGCUGUAGUCUCUAAGGAAACUGCGCAGGACAAAGGAAAUAAAGUCUCGCUUUAUAUGCAUUGA